AGGGAAAUUUAAAACUGUAGGCACUAUCAGUGUCAACAACAGCUGUUAGUGGAACGAUCCUAAAUAGUGCACUGCUUCCUGUACACGCACCCUACGUAUCCAUACGAGAAGCCGUUCCGGCUUACCCUAUCUAGUGCACUUGUAUCAGAAGCAGGACGCCAUUUGUUCAGCCUGUGUAAUCGCUACAGAAGGAGGGCGUCUCAACCUGGAGUUUACUGCAGUGUAAUACAGCGAAUACACUGCGUAAUUAAUCAAUAAUGGACCAUUUACGAGAUUCGUCCUUGUGUCUGGACUCUCCAUCCAAACACAGCUAUAUUGGGAGCUUUUACGCUCCUCCGGACAGGAUUCCCUCCCAGCUGAUGGUACAGCACCAGGUCAAACCCAGCAGCACCCUGGUGAAACCCAGCAGACUGACACAGCACACAGUGCCCGACUCCGGCAGCAGAGCAGUGAUCGCAGCAUUGAAAACUCUGCAGGAGAAGAUGAGGAGGCUGGAGCUGGAGCGUGUGCAGGCAGAGAAGAACGUGGAGAGGUUUGCUCAGGCUGCCCAUCAGUUUGCCAGCUCUGGAAACCAAACCAGUCAGCAGCUGCAGAGAGAGGGAGAAUCCUCCAAGAGAAAAGAGCUGGUAUCUCAGUUGCACUCGGCUGAAGCUCGGUGCUCUCUGUUGGAAAAACAACUGGAAUACAUGAGGAAGAUGGUGGAGAGCGCACAGAGAGAGACAACCGCUCCAGUGGACAGAGAGGAGUGUGUGCAGCAGAAGAAGAAGAACAAACGCACUGAACCACAGAUCCAGGCUCAGUUGCAGAAACUGGAGGAAGAGUGUAUUAAGCUUACCAACACGCAGUCCGAGGCAGAGAGGAAGAUUAAGCUCUUGGAACGGAAGUUACUCGAAGAGGAACACGAGCGCAAACUCGUGCAGGAGAAAGCCGAGGAGUUACAGAGAGAGCUGGAGGCUAACCUGCUAUUUUCGGCUGCUGAGGUGAAACCCAAGAAGUUGAAGAAGCAGACCAAAGAGAAGACCUUGACUAAAAAAUCCGUUAACACGGAGGUUCCUCGACAUGCCCCUAAGCCCAAGCGAAUGCCGUUCGUCGCCGGAACGUCGACAAGCCCCAGUCACUCGGUUAACGCCAACGUUCAGACCGUGCUGCACCUCCUGAAGACCAGGCAGCCUCGGAUGUGUGAGAGGACGCAGUCCGAGCCGAAAAAAUGCAGCGGCUCUCACCGAGCCCCACAAUCCCCCAGCGAUGGAGCUGCAGCUAUGGGCAGCCUUUCUGAACUGCUGCUAGCUCUACAGGACGAACUGGGUCACAUGAGCUUUGAACAUCAGGAGCUGGUCAGGCAGAUAGACGAGACUGAUCAACGUGAGCUGAGGGAGGAUCUGGAGAGAGAGCUGGACUGCUUAGUCAGGAGGAUGGAGGAGAAGGCGGCCCAAAUCACCAAGCUACGGAAGCACCAGCAAACCCUCUCCCAGCGCAGCCCGAAGCAGAAGCCGAAGCCGAAGCCAAGGCGCGCAGCCAGCGCUGACAGCCGGUGUGUAAGCAGAGUCCAGGUCGUGCCUUCGUGCGUAGGUAAAGCCACGCCCUCCAGACCACAGAGGCAUCAAUCGGCCGGCCACGGGCGCCUACAGCUUCUCCGAGACGCCCAGAAAAUGCAGUCGAGUCUCCGCCAACGAGACAUCAGCUGGGAAACGUAGAUCCUCGAUAUCCUUCUCAACCUUAAGCGAGGUGCAGAGUGAGCAAGAACACUGAAAUGUAAAUGUCUUAUAACUGUGACAGCUCGGAGGACGCGUGUAACAUGCGGAUUUUGUGAUUGUAAGGGUGUUUUUUGCUUGACGUGUGCGUUUACUUCUCUGUUUUUCGAUGCAUCCAUGUUUUUCUUGGAAGUUUUUUGUUUUCUUUCAUGCUUUUUAAUUGUAUACAUCUUUACGCUGUAUAAAUAUUUAAAUAUUUUAAUAAAAUAUCAUUAUGGACAUUUUA